CCGCAUCUCAUAGAAAAAGAGUCGUGCCCGUUUCUUGUAUAUGGACACGGCUGAAGAAGAAUCAGCGGCCGUUAUGGGAGAAACAUCCAACUCUCUCCUCCGCAACACGCGCUGCUGUUUUUCUUUCCCGUGUUUCAACUCUCGUCAUUCCUCCAGCGCCGGAUUAUCCUGGUGGGAGCGAAUCCAAUUACAGAACCACUGGUGGACCCCGGCGGUUACUGCCUUUCAAAGAGUGCGAGAGUGGUCAGAGAUCGUGGCCGGGCCUAGGUGGAAGACUUUCAUCCGGAGAUUCAACAGAAACAGAAGUAAUAACAGCAGUUCACAUCAUGCUCCUGGAAAAUUCCAGUAUGACCCUUUGAGUUAUUCACUCAACUUCGAAGAGCACUGUAAUUUCGACCACGACGAUGAUUUCAGCGGCUUCCGGGAUUUCUCGUCGCGGUACGCUUCGAGUAAAUCGCCAGCGGCGGCGGCGGCCACGACUGUAGUGGAUGUUAGAGGGAAGGAUGUGGCGGCGUUGGCGUGAAAAGCUGCGUCAGUUGAAGACAUGAGCUGUACCGUUGAGUUGGUGUCGUUUUGUUUGUUAGUUAAAUAGUCGUAUUUUUGGCAUUUAAUUAAAUAUUAUUAGUGGUGUAAAGAUACAGGAUGUCAUGGCGUGUAGAUGUCUAUAAAGUUUGGUGUUGAUAUUUUUCGGUUGUUUCUUGUGGGAAUAAAGGUAUCUGGAUAACAUAUCUGGAUUUAUUA